UGGGUUUUUUUCCCCAUAAUUUUCUCUUUCCGAGGUCAAAUUGUAGAUCUAUAUUCGACAUAAUCAUCUUACAGAAGAGGAGGGCCUUCAGGGAACAGCUUUUCAUUUGCAACCUUUCCACCUCAUCCAGACACAGAAGAACUGCAGAAUGAUGUGCGGUGUAAGUACCUGACACAAGUCCGGCAGCUCCGUGGAUUUUUAUUCUCUGUCGUCUCUUUUAUCAAUUGUAAAAGAGACUUCCUGUCUUCAUUACUGUCACUUUGGUGUCAGAUCUUUUUUACCAAUUCAUGAUGACUGUCCUUUUUCAUUCUUGAGAACCAUGAAGGCAUGUAAGAAAAUGUAUGGAAACCCAUGUAACAACAGCUAAACUGCUUCUCCUGAAAUGUUUUCAGCCUAUGUCCAGUUGCACAGAUGAUGAUGAUAGGUAGGAAGGUGGAUAAAGAAGCUGGACCUCCAGAUCUUUUACCCUACUCUCUCUAGAAGACGUGCAUGAAAUAACAACCCAUAACACAUUGGAGAAUUCAACAGGGUCUCACACACACAGAUACACACUUUAGAUACUGUGUCCUCUCAUGGAUUCUACACAGUUUUUCUAAACAGUUUAUAUCCUGCUGCUACACCAUCAAUGAUAAUGAAUCGAGUGACUGGAGACUGGAGUGUUUAAGGGUGAUUGAUGCUGACUCACACUCGCUCUGGUUUACAUGUGGGACUAACGGGCGUGAGUGGAGAUAAUGACUUAUUUUUCAGAACUACGGGGUUCGGGGGCCCCCAGGGGACCGAGCCCUGUCGGGGCUGGAGUAAACCUGUGCACAUAUGUGUGCGUGUGUUUUAGAGAAGAGGCGGAGACACACACACACACACGGAGAGAGUCUCUCAUCAGAUAAGAGUCGAGUCAUUCCAGCAGAGUGGAAUCUUUUUCCACUAAUGGCAACCUGAUGCGCAAAGCUAUUGGUUGCAGCGAGGGUUGGUCUCCUGCGCCACGUCACAGUCACCACCACCACCACCACCUCCUCCUCCACUGCUGCCACCGCCUGUCAUCCACACCAAUGUGUGCUGCGCGUCUCGCCAUUCGCUCCUCGGUGCGCGCAGGAUAAUGGAUCAUUACGCAGCGCUCUUGGCGCUGGCUGCUGCUGCUGCUGUUGCUGCUGUUACUGCGCUCUGCGGCGCCUAAAAAGUGUCCAAAUGAACCGCCGUCCUCCCGGUACCUCCGGUGUGCAAUGGCUUAACAGGAGAGACAUGAGUGUCCGCGCAGAGGACAGCAUCACCCUGUGCCAAAGGGCUUUCCAGAUCGUUACGGAACUUUGCCUCACGGGACACGUGGACCGGGAGAAAUGUGCAGGCAUUUUCCCACUGGACAGCACCAUUCCAGGUAUAGGACACGCAGGUUUCGGACACGCAGACAUCUCUAUAAGUCUCCUUGCUGUGGUGGUAGGUUUCUGUGGCCUCGCCCUGUUGGUAGUCUCUCUCUUUGUCUUUUGGAAGCUGUGCUGGCCCAUCUGGAGGAGCAAGGCUCUGUCAGCCCAUGCUGAAAAUGGUGUGCAUGUCAGUUUCCCAGAGGUGCCUUCUCCUCACUCGCCGGCAAAUGUUGGAUCCAAAGUGGGCGAGGUGGAAAAGAAGCAACCUCUGGAGGCAAUGGCCAACGGACGGCCCUCGGUCAAGAUACUGGAGGCGGCCAUGAAGAUCAGCCAGACGUCUCCAGACAUUCCUGCAGAGGUGCAAACGGCCCUGAGGGAGAAGCUGAGUCAGCAGGCUAAAAUCCAGAGGCAGACCACAGAACCAACCUCCUCCUCCAGGCACAACUCAUUCCGGCGCCACCUGCCUCGUCAGAUGAAUGUCACCAGUAUGGACUUCAGCAUGGACACAGUUCCUCUGCGACAGUCUUCGACGGCCAGCAUCGGCAGAAUCAAGCCUGAGCUGUACAAGCAGAAGUCUGUGGACUCGGAGGGCGAGCCCAAGGAGCCCGUGGAGACCUGCGGGAAGCUGAGCUUUGCACUGCGCUACGACUACGAGGAGCAGGCGUUGGUGGUGAGGAUCCUGAAGGCUUUAGACCUGCCGGCAAAGGACUUCACGGGCACCUCCGACCCCUACGUGAAGAUCUACCUGCUGCCAGAGAGGAAGAAGAAGUUCCAGACGCGGGUCCAUCGCAAGAACCUGAACCCCAUGUUUGACGAGGCCUUCUGUUUCCCGGUGGUGUACGACGAGCUGUGCAACCGUAAGCUGCACUUCAGCGUGUAUGACUUUGACCGCUUCACCCGUCACGACAUGAUAGGGGAGGUGGUGGUGGACAACCUCUUUGAACUCUCUGAUCUUUCCAGGGAGGCGGUGGUUUGGAAGGACAUCCACGCAGCCACUACAGAAAGUGUCGACCUGGGGGAGAUCAUGUACUCGCUGUGCUACCUCCCCACAGCGGGGAGAAUGACCCUGACCGUCAUCAAAUGUCGGAACCUCAAAGCCAUGGACAUCACAGGCUCUUCAGACCCAUAUGUCAAGGUUUACCUGAUAUGUGACGGACGGAGGCUCAAGAAGCGGAAAACAACAACCAAGAAGAGCACCUUGAACCCUGUGUACAACGAGGCAAUCAUCUUUGACAUCCCCCCAGAGAACGUGGAACAAGUCAGUCUGUCCAUCAUUGUGAUGGACUAUGAUCGGGUCGGACACAACGAGGUGAUCGGAGUAUGUCAUGCGGGGCCGGAUGCUGAGGGUCUUGGACGGGAUCACUGGAAUGAAAUGUUGGCUUAUCCUCGGAAGCCCAUCACACACUGGCACGCUCUUGGAGAGUGGCCAGGCAGAGGAGCGAGCUUCGAGAGUCAAGGUUCCUGUCCGUCACCCAAACCUCCUCAGACGCCCUGAAGAGCACAGGUA